AUGUACGGAUAUCAAGAAGAAGGCAGAGACCGCAGGUUGCCUCCAAUGUAUGCAGCACCGACGCCACACUCAGCAACACCCCGUUCGUCUCCGGUUCUUGGAAAACAGAACGGUACUCUGCCGACACAGGAUUCAUAUUCAAAUUAUUUUGGCAUGCAUCAUGCAACAGCACAAAUGGGGCUGCAGGUUGGAAGAAAUGCAGUUAUGGCAGGGCAAGAAUAUGUUGAGCGGAAUAUGGGAAGAUUUAUUCCACUUACAACGCUGAGGCAUUACUUUAACGUUUCGAAUUAUUACGUAAUCAGUAAGAUUUGGGUUAUUCUUUUUCCAUGGAGACAUAAGUGUUGGAGUCGUUUUCCUAGGCAUUUGGAGGCAAAUGAGAUGUCUGUAGAAGUAUAUAAAUCGCCAAGAGAAGAUAUCAAUUCUCCGGACAUGUAUAUUCCUGUUAUGGCAUUUGUUACAUACGUUUUAUUAUCGUCUUUAUUGGCAGGAUUCCGGGGCGAUUUUCAUCCAGAACUUUUGGGUACGACGGCUUUGAUGGCCUUAAUUGUUGUUGUUUUCGAAAUUUUAGCAAUUAAGUUUGGAUGUUAUAUCCUAGGCAUAUAUAAUCAAACACAGUUUCUCGAUCUCGUGGCAUACAGUGGAUAUAAAUUUAUAGGAAUUAUUGUUACUAUGCUAUCGGGUAUGUUUCUUAAUUUCGUAUUGACUUAUUGUGUAUUUUUUUAUACUUUUAUUGCUACGGCUUUCUUUUUGUUGCGUUCAUUGAGAUACGUACUUCUUCCUGAAUCAAAUAUAUCUUCAAAUGCUACAAUGAGCUUAUCUCAAAGACGUAAAAGAGUAUAUUUUCUUUUUGGAAUUUCAAUGGUUCAAAUAUUAUUUAUGUUUAUACUUAUGUAA